CCCUCAAAGAUGAAAGCGGUAAACCAGAGAAGCUAACCUAGCAUGAUUUGAUGGAGGCUGACACGAUGGACAGGCACAGAAAGGCAGCAUUGUAGUCCCAUUCUGAGACUGAGCUUUGAUAAAUCUUGAAAGUAAGGACGGUGGGGACUGAUAUGCAGUCAUGAAGCGGGUUCGAACUGAGCAGAUCCAGUAUGCUGUGGCUCAGUACCUGAAGAGGAGGCAGUACGUGGACACCGAUGGUUCCCUGAAGGGAGCCAAGCUCUUUCAGUCAGCAGAGGAGAUGGCUGCCAGCCUCACCGUGCAGACCGAGUCUGGAUGUGCCAACAUCGUCUCUGCUGCACCGUGCCAGUCUGACCCCCAGCAGUAUGAGACCCAGUACUCCAGGCUGCGUAACUUCCUCUCAGAAACAGACAUAUCAUGGGCAAAGGAGGUGAGCAGCAUCCUCUACCCGCUUUUUGUCUACCUCCACCUGGACAUGGUGCAGUGCGGCCUGAAGGGGGCAGUAGAUGGCUUUUACAGUCGUUUCCAUGGUGCAUUUCUUCAGGACAGUGAGCAGCGCGUCAUCGUAGAGCAGCUCCGCCAUGUUCUCACCUCUCAGGACGUCGCUGCAAACCCCAAACUGAGCGCUUUCCUUGAGCACAAGUACGUGGUUCACCUGACGGAGCCGGCCUACAGCUACCUGCUGCGCUACCUGCAGAGUGAGGACAACAGCGCCCUCUGCAGGGCGAUAAGCACACAUCUGCAGCUGGAGGUCACCACCUUAAGACGUACAGACUACCAGCUUUACGGAGCUGCAGGCGGGACAGCUGCCGCCCCAAACUCCACCUCAUCCUGGGCUGGAGUGGAUGGGGCGGAGGGUGGGGAGGGGGUGGAGGUCCCAGCAGGGAUCCCGCAGAGCGAGGCGGCCCUGGAGGCUCUGCAGGACUGCAUUAAGAAAGUACGUGAAGGCCCGCCGACGCUCACCACUGUGUGUUUCUAUGCCUUCCACCACACGGAGCAGAUGCUGAACACGGCGGAGGUGUCGGCGGACAGCCGGCUGCUGAGCGCCGGCUUCGACAGCUCCACUGUGAAACUGUGGAGCCUCCGAGCCCGAAAACUGAAGGCCAAACCGCAUCAGGCUGACGUGUCGCAUGUCCACCUGGCCUGUGACGUGCUGGAGGAGGAGGAUGAAGAGGACAGCUCCGGCAGCGAGAUAAAGACUCUGCGGGGCCACAGCGGCCCCGUGUUUCGGACCGCCUUCCUGACAGACAGCUCCGGCCUGCUCUCCUGCUCCGAGGACACGACCGUCCGCUACUGGGACCUGGGCAGCUUCACAAACACGGCGCUCUACCAGGGCCACGCCUACCCGGUGUGGGACGUUGAUGUCAGCCCCUGCAGUCUUUACUUUGCCAGCGGCUCCCACGACCGCACCGCUCGUCUCUGGACGUUCUCACGCACCUACCCCCUACGGCUGUACGCGGGGCAUCUCGCUGAUGUCGACUGCAUCAAGUUCCAUCCGAACUCCAACUAUCUCGCCACCGGCUCCACGGACAAGACUGUCCGUCUGUGGAGCACCCAACAGGGGGCGUCGGUUCGCCUCUUUACUGGCCACCGCGGCCCCGUACUGUCCCUCGCUUUCUCUCCCAAUGGGAAAUAUCUGGCGUCGGCCGGUGAGGACCAGAGGGUGAAGCUGUGGGACUUAUCGUCAGGGGUGUUGUUUAAAGACCUGCGUGGUCACACGGACAGCGUCACCAGCCUGUCCUUCAGCCCCGACAGCAGCCUGGUGGCGUCUUCAUCUAUGGACAACUCUGUCCGGGUUUGGGACAUCCGGAACUCCCACGGUGGGACGCCGGCUGACGGCUCGUCCAGUGAGCUGGUGGGACAGUACACUGGAAACACCAGCAACGUCCUGAAUGUCCAGUUCAUGGCGUGUAACUUACUGCUGGUGACGGGGACGGCACAGGAGAAAACAGAGCAGUAGCCUCCGUCUGAUUUUUCUGUUUAUGUUUGAGAGGAAAGUCUGAAGAUGUCAUAGAUGUACGCACAUAGACCAGUGGUUUGCAAACUUUUUUCGCCCAGGGCACACCAUAUUCAUAUCAAUACAAAUUAAGUAGACUUUAUAAAUAAUAUAACAUUCAAGGUGGCCCAAAAGGGAAGAUAAAGAGGAGAGGUUUCUGGGGCCCACCCAUCUGGGGGUGGAAAAAAUUAGUUAAAAGUGAUGAAAAAAACCAUGGCAAAAUUGGGUAACAAGUGGCAAGACAAAGUAAAAAAUGGGUGACA